AUGCCGCGAUAUGGCAAGAGGACGGCAGAGGUCGCUGAGCUGGACCUCCCCACCGAGCCAGAGAUCGCGCCGGAACAUGUCGAGACACUACAGAAGUUACGCAGAAUGUGGGAGUUUGCCAGCUUCAUGCAAUACAUCUUCCUGUUUGGACACAUUGUCAAGAUCGACGACGACUUCAAUAUCGAGGAUCUCGAAGCGGAAUGCCUAAGGUCAGAGCCUUCAGUACGGCUAGCAGCAAUUGGCCUGUCGCUGCUCAAAUAUGUGUCGUCUCAUCGUGGACUGACGCCCGAGAUCUUCGACGAAUAUACACGCAGGCAAUACCUCGCCAAAGCUCCUGCUCGUAAUCCCUUUGGCGACGAUGAAGACCCUGCCUCCUUCCAGUCUCUCGACAUCUUCACAAGGAUUCGCGUACUCCAACAGCUCAGCACAUGGACCCUGGGCAACGCAGAGCGUAUACGUGGGAUGAUGCCGCAGGACGAUGACCACCUGACAUGGCGGAUGGAGCCUUUGGGCUGGGACAGGGACGACAGUGCAUACUUCGUCCUCGACGACAACCGGCUGUACAAACGAUCCGACGAGCCACCGCCUCCCCCAUCGCCAACAGUAAAGCCAAAAGCCAAGAGCAAGCCCAAGAAGAGUACGAGGAGCAAAGCGACGCGAUCAAGCAAACGUCGGAAGGUAGAAGAACCCGAGGACGAUGAUGAACAGGCCGAAGACAUUGAUGCCGAUGCCGAAGCCGGCGCACAAGAGGAUACACUAAUGACUAACGGAGACGAUGUACACAAGCCAGCAUCAGAAGAAGAGCCGGCAUUUGGGUUCACAGACAAGACAUGGUCGCUGGUCGCCAUCACACUUAAUGAGUAUGAUGAUUUUCUUUCGUCCAUCUUUCGAUCACGAGACCCGAAUGAGAAGGCUUUGCAUAGGCGCAUCAGCGAUGACGUCCGACCUGUCAUUGAGAAGCGUGUUGAGGCAUUACGGCAGAAGGAGCUGAAGAAGCUUCGUGAAUUAGAGGUUGUAGAGAAAAUGGCUACCGCGAAGAGGUCCAGCAGAUUGGCUGGAAGGUUCGAGAAGGAGAAGGAGGAACGGGAGAAGAAGGAAGCCGAGGAGCUAAGAUAUCGUGAGCUGCAGAUGGCUCGCGAGGAGGAAGAGAGGCAGAAGCGCAUCGAGGAUGGUCACGAUUCGCGGAGGCAGACACGUGAGCAGAGAGUCAAGGAGCGCGAGGUGAAGCGAAUCCUACACGAAGAAGAGUUGAAGAAGAUCCAAGAGGCUGAAGAGCGUGGCGAGUCCGCCUCACAGGAGCCAGAAGCUGCAGAUGCAGAGCACAAGCGAGCCUCCGCACGACAGGCUCAGACACAAAAGGAGCAGCACAAGAAGGAGCUCGAGCAGCUCGAUGCGGAAGCGGAUGGAGAGGGCAACUGGUACUUUGACUGUGCUAUCUGUGGCAUGCAUGGCGAAAACAUGGACGACGGCACACAUAGCAUGGCGUGCGACAAGUGCGGAGUAUGGCAGCACAGCAAGUGUCACGGCUUCUCGCCAAAGCAGGCUGAGAAGGAUGGCUUCACUUUCAAUUGCAAGUCGUGCAAGAAGCAGGAAGCAAACAAGGAUAAGCCGAAAAUCCCACCUCUCAAGCUAGGCAAGAAGACACCCUCUGCUAGCCCAGCUAGUCCAGAGAAGAAGAGGAAGAGGAAGAGUGACGCUACGAGUCCACCUUCGGCAUCGAAUGGCGCGAGUUCUGCAGAUGGCAGGGAGAAUGGGCUUCCCGCCCACAUGCAGCGACAACUCGACGGUGUCUACGUCCCUCCCCACCAACCUCGACCAAGCCCAGGACCAUUUGGCCAGCUCACGAACGGUCCGAGUCUUUCCCCGCACGGUCAGGCCCAAGGUCCGCCAGGCUAUCGCUAUCCUCCCGUGGGGAACUUCGCACCUAAUGCUCCACCGCAGCAGCCAUGGCAGGGUAGUCCUUUUCCACCUCCUCCCAGGCCAUCGUCUUCGAGAUAUGCUGGGUCACCGCCACCAGUGCAGCAAGUAUCGAACGGCUACGGCCCACCACAGCAUCAGCAUCAACAUGUGUAUGCGCAUCAACAAGCCGUACACUCCGCAGGCGGACACCCAGCACAGCCCACGCAUCAGUACCAACAACAGCCUAACGGCUAUCAUCCGCACUCGCAGCCCGGGCGGCCAAUGUACGGCCAACAACCAGGCUACCCGCCCACACAAUACUAUCAACCAACACCGCCUCAGUAUUAUCAAGCUCAGCGACCGGGAUCCGCACACGCACCUGCAAACCAGCAACAGCACCAGCAGCAGCCACCACCGCAAAAUGUUCAACAAAGCUCACCGCACCAGUAUCAGACGCCUCAGCCUUUGAUGAAUGGCUCCUCAACUCCUGCCAAAAGUGCUACGCAGCCUGCAAUGUCCCCACCACUUGCACACCCUCCUCAGCAAUCUGCACAGCCUCCGCAGUCCUCGCCGUCUCUGCAGCGCAGUCCAAGAACAACACUCCCGCCCCCAGUCCACGACCAUCAAAUAGCCGGCCACUCGCCGAUGAAAUCCUCGCCGCCACAGCCACAUCCCCAACCACCGCAAGCGUAUCAGCGUUCCCUCCAGUCUGCUCAUCUGGCAGUUACACCGCAGCAACAACCACCGAUUCCUCGUCCCUCUUCAAGCAACGGCAUAGUAGCAGAUGGGAUGUCUGGCCCUUGGCCAGCCGGCAGUAAAGCCAUCCCGCAGAAACAUGACCUUCCGCCUUCGUCGUCGCCUAUGCUGGGUCAGGCUAAGGUUGUGCCGCCGCCGGGGGCUGUGAUGCCUAGUCCGUCGGCGUUUCAGCAGAGUGCAUUGGUUGGAGCCGCGGUGAUUCCUGUGAAGAAGGUUGUGCCGGAGGGUAAUGGUGUGCCGCCUGCAGCAUCACCCUCGGUUGUUGCGGCGCGAUCGCCGAGGUUGCCUCCUCCGUCUGUCGUUGCGGGGGAACCGACAGACGGUGAUGUUGGGAGAGGAGAGUAA